AUGUUCAAUAAAAAAAUGAAUUUACACAAAUUAGUGAUUUUAAAUUCUAAUAAUGCACAUUUAGAUAGAGAAAACAGAAUUGUCUUCGUACGCAAUUAUUGUAGUGGUCCUCUCUUUGAAGUCUAA